AGCAGCUGCUUGUAAAACUUAUCGUAUAGCAAAAAGCAAACGUCGAAAUGUCCAUGCAAAAUGCUAAAUUAAUCAAUCAAAAGGAAUAUUUAAAGAAAUAUUUGUCCGGCGACAAGGAAAAGAAGAAGAAAAAGAAGGAAAAGAAACAUAAAAAGUCCAUACAAGCCAAGGUAAAAAUCAUCGACGACGAUGCCUACGAUGCAAACACCGAGGAAAUGGAUGAGGAUCUGUUGCUGGGCGGCGAGGAUGCGCCGCAAAUCGUGGGCGAGUACAUCGAGGAGAAUCCGGACGCAAUACGCAGCAAGUGGCGCAACAUUGCGGUUAAGGAUGAACCCAAAACAGAAGUGGAGGAAAACGGUGACGCUGUGCACAUCAAGCAGGAGCCCGCGGAUGAGAACGCAGAAUUGUGGGGUCGCAAGGCGUCAGAAAUGAAAAUCAAACAGGAGCAGUCGCCCAGCAAUUGCGACGCACCCGCCAUAAAAAUCAAGCUGGAGAAGCGUAGCAGCAGUCGCGAGCAGAGUCCGGCGCACAACCUCAAAAGACGCACCUCUGACCAGAGCCCACCAAGGCGUCGUCUAGAUGCCAAUCAAAGCCCUCACAGACAACGCCGCGACUCAGAUCAUAGUCCAGUCAGACGACGGCGUGGGGCAGAUCAAAGCCCGCCCAGGCGGGGUCGUGAUGUGGAUCAGUCGCCGCCCAGGAGAAGAAGAGAUGCGGAUCAGUCGCCGCCCAGGAGAAGAAAAGAUGCCGAUCAAAGCCCGCCCAGGCGGGGUCGUGAUGCGGAUCAGUCGCCGCCUAGAAGGAAAAGGGACGCCGAUCAAAGCCCUCCGAGGAGACGUGCUAAUAAAGAUCAAUCUCCAACCAGGAGAAGAAGAGAUUCAGAUCAGAGCCCGCCCAGGCGAGGUCGUGUUGUUGAUGAAUCGCCGCCCAGGAGAGGCAGGGAUGCCGAUCAAAGUUCAGACGGUAAACGUUCUCAAGUGAAUGGGUCUGAUCACAGUCCGCCAAGAAGAUGUCGAGGUGUGGACCAAUCUCCGCCUAGAAAGCGACAAAAUGCCGAUCAAAGUCCACCCAGGCGCCGCCGUGAGGCGGAUCAUUCACCGCCGAGAAGAAGACGCAGCUCAGAUCAAAGUCCGCCCAGGCGACGACAAUCUCCGCCCAAAAUGAGACGGGAUUCUGAUCAAAGUCCCCCAAGGCGAGGUCGAUCCAGCAGCAGAGAUCGACGGCGGGCCACGCCGACCAAAAUCAAAAAAGAAGAGCGCAAAAGUCGCUGGGCCAAAGCAGAGCCCAGUGGGACGCCAUCGCCGCCGCCAACGCACAAACCAAAGGGGCAAGCAGAAAUGCGCACACUGGACGGGAAGAAGGCAGGUCUGCAGGAUGCGCAAUCGCUGAAGACCGAAACAGAUGAGCGACGGCGCGAGGAGCGACGCAUGUUCGAGCAAAUGUCCAGCGAGGUGUCCGGCCGAGAUGCGGAGGUGCAGAUGCGCAGCACGGGCAGACGUGGGCGUCGAGCACGCGACGCUGCGGCCGAGGAUCCAGCUGAGCAGCAGCGCAAGGAGGCGCACGAGCAGCAGAAAAAGCAGCUAUAUGAACGCUGGGGCAAGGGACUCAAGCAGCUGGAGGAUCAGCGGGCACGACACGAGGAAAUGGCGCACGAGGCGGCCAAACCUGUGGCACGUUAUGCCAACGAUGAGGACUUGGAUCGCCAUCUCCGUGAGCAGGAGCAUGCGGAUGAUCCCAUGCUCGAGUAUAUGCGUCAGAAGCGCAAGAAACGGGAUCAGUUGUCGGAUAAGCCCGUGCUGCCUGUUUACGAAGGCAGCUAUCCGGAAAAUCGGUAUGGCAUACGGCCCGGCUAUCGCUGGGAUGGAGUGGAUCGUUCCAAUGGCUACGAGCAGCGCUGGUUUGACAAGCAGAAUGAGCGGCGAGCGGCACAGGACGAGGCUUACAAGUACAGCGUGGAGGAUAUGUAAAAUUAUUGCAUUUAGUUAAUAAAUAAAUAUUUUAAUUAAAAACA